AUGAGUCGAGUGUACGGCUCAGAAGACAAAUUUUUCCAAGAGAAUUACGUGGGCAAAUCGGACUCGGGCAACUACACGGCGGCGUGGAAAGAGAAAUUCAGUCAUGCGCCGACAUGGUGCGAUGCCGAUAUGAGUCUGCAACAGAUCAAUCGGAAUAUGGCUCGAGGCAAUCGAAUAGCGCUUUACUCGAGGACAUUCUUCCAGAAAAAUCUGUAUAGAUUAGGUGAUUUCAUUCAAAGAUGGCCGUGGACAGUGGCGAUAAUCUCUCUUAUUUUGUACACGAUUUGCUGUGCCGGGUUGAAAGAAGUGACCAUCGAAGUGGAUAUUGUUAAAUUAUGGGUACCACAGGGCGGUCGAUUGGAUGAAGAGAUGCAUUAUCUAUCACGGGUACAUCAAGAGAUCUCACGGGUAAGAAGGGACACCGCCGAAAUGCCGCCACCGAUCAUUCCGACUGUGCAUCGAGGGAAUCACAAGAAUGGAACACAUCCGAAGAAAGCACAGAAACCACAGCAACAAAGGGAAUGGAGAGGACCGGAAUUGCCAAAAGAAAACGGAUUGGGUGGAGGAUUUCAGGUCGUAAUCCAAACGCCAGAGCAUCCAGGCGAGUCGUCAAUCACUAAAGCCGGUCUUCUAAAACACGUGCGAUUGAUGGAAGAAGUGGCUCAAUAUGAAGUUGAACUUUAUGGAGAAAAUUGGACCCUUGCCGACAUUUGCUUUAAACCACCGCAACCCGAUUUCUCGAAAAGUCCACUCGCAAAGAUUUUAUCAAGCGUUUUGUCCUCGAUGAUCCCCUGUAUUUGGAUAACGCCGAUUGAUUGUUUUUGGGAGGGAGCGAAACCAUUGGGACCUCGACCACCAAUCAAUUUGGGCCCAGCAGCCACCUCCUUUAUCACCUCAUUACCGAAAGGGAAUGUGACAUGGAAGAAUUUGAAUCCAAGUGCGGUGAUGGGCGAGGUGUCACAACUCUUCGAUCUGGGACCCGUCAGCAAUUUCUUUGAACGGGCUGGAAUCGAUUCAGCUUAUUUGGAUCGUCCUUGCAUUGAUCCACUCGAUCCAGAAUGUCCAAAGACUUCUCCAAACUAUUUUGAUCGUUGUUCGGCUUUGAAAAAGUUCAACUCCUGGAACGCAGCUCAACCUCAACCCGUUAUUUUGGAGACUGAGAAAAUAGAAGACGAUGAAGAUGCAGAAAACGCUGAUCAACUUUUGGCUGGGAUUUUCGGCAAGAAGCGAAGAAAGCGACAAGCCGAAACAACAAAAGCACCCGCGAAGAAAGCACAAACGAAAAGCGAGGAUUAUUACGAUUACGAGAAUGAUGCCGAUUAUUCUGCUGAUAACAUUACACUUCCCUCUGAGAAGAAAAAGAAAGGAAUGAGUGCAGAAGAGAAAGAUUGUUUGGAACACGGGAAAGCUUUCGUUUUGUGGAUGGCGGCGAAUCAAGAUAAAUGGAGUCUUUACUUGCCUGAAGCCGAAUUCCCAAAAGAUCCAAAUUAUGGAGAGAUAAUGACUGGUGGAUGUAAGGGUUUCGGGAAAAAGAUUAUGGAAUGGCCGGAGGAUUUGAUCAUCGGUGGAAUUGAAAGAGAUGGAGAAAAAGUAAAGUCAGCAGAGGCUUUGCAAAGUGUGUUCCUUGUGGCGAGUCCCUAUGAUGUCUACGUUCGAUAUAAGGAGCCGAAGCCCGAAUUGAAACCAAAGCUGGACACAUCUCGAUGGGGACCUGGGAUGGCGGGAGCGGUGAUCGCCACAUGGCAACGCCAUUUCACCCGACAACUCUACGAUCAUCCAGCUAAUAAAGAGAAUCCAACAAAUCGAGUCUUCCAUCCAUUGGCCUCGACAUCGAUCGGCGAUAUGUUAGAGGAAUUCUCUCAAUUCAACUAUAUCAUCAUUAUCAUUGGAUAUUUUCUUAUGAUUCUUUACGCAGCAUGGACUCAAUGUCGAAUCAAAGGAUGGUGGUUAGCUGUUCAGUCAAAUGUUUUACUUUCAUUUAUCGGAACCAUGUUGGUCACCUAUUCAUCCAUUUGUGGUUUGGGAGUGACGACGUGGUUGGGCAUCAAUUUCAAUGCAGCCACCACACAGAUUGUACCUUUCCUAUCACUCGGUCUUGGCAUCGAUGACAUGUUUCUUCUAUUGCAUAACUAUGAUGAGAUUAUCAACACUGUGAGAAAAGACGAGAUGGGUGUCCUUUUGAAAGAAACCGGUCUCUCGGUAAUGGUCACCUCGUUGAACAAUGUUCUUUCGUUCUUUGCCGGCACUGUGCUCCCCGUUCCCGCUUUGAGGAGCUUCUGUUUACAGACAGCUAUUCUUUUAAUCUUCAACCUUCUCUCGCUUGUCAUCAUUUUCCCCGCAUUCAUCGCCUUGGAUUUGAGAAGAUUGAGAAAAGGUAAACGUGACCUUGGCUAUUGUUUCCCGGCUACUGAAGACCCCGCCGCGCUUAAGGCCAAUAAAACGGAAGAAGCUAGAGCUGAGUCCGAGAACUCAAAAGCUCAUCUCAAAUCACUCGACAGCGAGAGUCACUUGAGCGGCGAGAAACAGUGGGAGCGCAAUCAACCGUGGUAUACGGUGGGCGGUUUCUUGACGAAUAUCUACAUUCCGGCGCUGCAAACACCGAAAAUUAAGUUCUUGGUCAUGUUUUUGACGGUUGGGAUGACCGGCUUUGGUCUUUAUGGAAUGUACACGGGAACGCUUGGGUUGGAGCUCUCCGAUGUUUUGCCAGAGCACACUGCACCCGCCGCUUUCCUCAGAGCUCGAGAAAAGUAUUUCUCGUUUUACCCAAUGUUCGCCGUUUUGCGGGGCACAGAAAUCGAUAUCCCGAAUCAACAAGAACAAAUUGAAGAGUAUAGAAGGAGACUUGGCGAGACAAAGUUCAUGAUUUUGAAAGACGGAAAGAACGCACAGCCAUACUGGAUGAGUUUGCUGAGGGUUUGGCUCGAGUCGCUCGAUGUGGCGCUUGAAAAAGAGAUCUCCAAUGAUGUCUUUAAUCUGACUACCGGAAAAAUCAAUAAAGGAAAAAAGCCGACACCUGAAGGACAAAUUGCUCAGAAACUCGUGUGCUCUGUGGGACAUGUGUUCAAUUGCACGGGAAGGUUGGGUAACAUUAAACUCGUCAACAACGGAAUCAUUCGCCCAGAAGCUUUCUACAAUUAUCUGACCGCUUGGUUCAAUGUCGACAAUAUGAUGUACUAUGUGUCACAGGCAUCUUUUGCGCCGAAUCCGCCCGUUUGGAGGAUGAAUGCGAGAAACGAGCCUGUACCACCGGCAAGGAAACUUCUGCACUCACAAAUCCCAUUCUAUCAAACGGGACUCACCGACACUCCCGUCAUUGUCAACAUGAUUGAAGAAGUGCGAGAAGUCUGUGAGAACUACACAUCUCAUGGAUUGAGCAAUUUCCCCUCGGGAAUCGCCUUCACUUUUUGGGAUCAAUAUCUCGAAUUGCGAUGGAAUCUCUUUAUUGCUAUUUGCUAUAUUGCUUUCGCUGUUUUUGUUGUUAUUUCGGUGCUGAUGUUUAAUCCGAGAGCCGCUGUUAUGGUGAUGGUGAUUGUCGUGAUUCUCACAAUUCAACUCGGCGGUUUUAUGGGAUUGUUUGGCGUGAAAAUGAACGGAAUCUCGGCAGUUACACAGAUUUGCGCUGUGGGAAUUGGAGUCGAGUUCACAGCGCAUGUCGUCCUUUGCUUUUUGACCUCUUUGGGUACAGUGGAUGAUCGAAUUGAAUCCUGUCUCCAACAUAUGUUUGUUCCCGUUUUUCAUGGCGCCAUUUCGACAUUUUUGGGAAUUGUGAUGUUGAUUUUCUCGCAAUUCGACUUCGUCAUCAAAUAUUUCUUCGUUACGAUGACGGUGCUAGUAGCUUUGGGUCUCUGGAAUGGCCUUUGCGUGUUGCCGGUGUUGCUCUCCUGGUUUGGGCCGGAGCCUGAGCUAAUACCAACGGAUGGCUCAAAACGAUUACCCGCUCCUCCACCCCUCGCACAGCAGAAUCUCACCGAAAAGAAAGCUCUCGAAUCGGGGUUGAGAAAUAGAAAAGGCGAUGUCGAGAUGACACAGCGAGCCGAAACAAGCAGCAGCGGUAGCUCUGAACAA